GGCCGGCUCAUUUCACUGACUGCGAGCGGUCGUUUCGGGCAACUUUGUCAGCCUUUCGCGUCCGUCUUUUCACAGCCGGCGAGUGAGCCUAAUUUUUUUUCACCCACUCUCAAGAAAAACCACCAGAAACCGAAAUGCGUGAGUGCAUCUCAAUCCAUGUCGGCCAGGCCGGAGUUCAGAUCGGCAAUGCCUGCUGGGAGCUCUACUGCCUCGAGCACGGGAUCCAACCGGACGGGCAGAUGCCGUCGGAUAAGACGGUCGGAGGUGGCGACGACUCGUUUAACACUUUCUUCUCCGAGACCGGAGCCGGGAAACACGUUCCUCGCGCUAUUUUCGUCGACCUCGAGCCGACUGUUGUCGAUGAGGUGAGGACUGGGACAUACAGGCAGCUUUUCCACCCCGAACAGCUCAUCACUGGUAAAGAGGAUGCUGCGAACAACUACGCCCGAGGGCACUAUACGAUCGGAAAGGAGAUCGUCGACUUGGUGCUGGACAGGACCAGGAAACUCGCGGACCAGUGCACCGGCCUCCAAGGUUUCCUCAUUUUCCACUCCUUUGGCGGCGGGACCGGCUCAGGGUUCACGUCCCUCCUCAUGGAACGGCUCUCCGUGGAUUACGGGAAGAAGAGCAAGUUGGAGUUCGCCAUCUACCCGGCUCCUCAGGUGUCGACGGCGGUCGUCGAGCCUUACAACUCGAUCCUUACGACCCACACCACCCUGGAACACUCCGACUGCGCUUUCAUGGUCGACAACGAGGCCAUAUACGACAUCUGCAGGCGCAAUCUGGACAUUGAACGUCCCACAUAUACGAAUCUAAACCGACUUAUCGGUCAGAUCGUCUCGUCUAUCACGGCGUCCCUCAGGUUCGACGGCGCACUCAACGUCGACCUGACGGAAUUCCAGACGAAUCUGGUGCCCUACCCCAGGAUCCAUUUCCCUCUGGUGACAUACGCGCCUGUCAUCUCCGCCGAGAAGGCUUAUCACGAACAGCUGUCCGUCAUGGAAAUCACGAAUGCCUGCUUUGAACCUGCGAACCAAAUGGUGAAGUGCGACCCCCGCCAUGGUAAGUACAUGGCCUGCUGCAUGCUCUACAGAGGGGAUGUCGUGCCCAAGGAUGUCAACGCGGCCAUAGCGACCAUCAAGACAAAAAGGACGAUCCAGUUCGUCGACUGGUGCCCGACCGGAUUUAAAGUCGGCAUCAACUACCAACCGCCGACCGUCGUGCCCGGUGGCGACCUGGCUAAAGUCCAACGCGCCGUCUGCAUGCUAUCUAACACAACCGCCAUCGCCGAAGCGUGGGCGCGCCUCGACCACAAGUUCGACCUCAUGUACGCCAAGAGGGCCUUCGUCCACUGGUACGUCGGCGAGGGGAUGGAAGAAGGGGAGUUCUCCGAAGCCAGGGAGGACCUCGCCGCUCUCGAAAAGGACUACGAGGAGGUUGGAAUGGAUUCGGUCGAAGGCGGAGACGAAGGCGCCGAAGAAUACUAAACCUUUCGUCUUUUAAUCCAACGCUUCACGAAUCCACACUAGCAGGCUUACCCUAAAUCCGAGCAUGAGCAAGCUUCAGUAGUAACCCGGCCGAUCAGGUCGUCCCCAAUGUAAUAGCUUCAACAAAUACACUCAUGAGAGGAAAAUAA